CAGAGCAGCGGGGUCCGCACUUUAUCGUUUAGCGAGAAGCCAAACGCUUUCGCUCGUUAAAUUAUUACGUCCAGUGGUUAAAAGAAAGGGGGAGGAAAAAAAAUUCCGUAGCGUUAUCACGACGCCGGUAAAUAAAAACGUGCAGCUUCAAGCUAUAGUUCGUUACGCGAGAAACACAACAAUAGCAAUUGCAGUUCCGCGUGUUCGCUUAGACUCCGGCAUGCGUGUACUUGACAUUGGAAGUAGCUUCAAGUGUGUUACGCAACGUGCUGAAGCAGCCAAGAGAACUGGACUGCGAGUUGCAUCCGAUGUUUUGGUCCAGAACUGGCCGGUGCGAGGGAGGCCCGUAUCACGUGUCAUGUGUCACGUGUCACGUGACGGGUGACAGGCGAGGACAGCUGGGCGGCAUUCGACACGCCGCCGGCGUGACUCGGCGCUGCAGUCGUGCCAACCCCCCGGGCGGGAGCAGGCUCACGCGACGUGGAGCAGUGCCGACAACGGAACAGAAUACCACAACCACCAAGUCGACUCGCUGUGGCCAGUGGCUGGCUCCAGGGACUCCGUCUCCAGCCACGGGCCGUCAUGGAAACAGCAUGAGCCAGUUUGUAGUCGAUGAAGUGAGCACCAUUAUCAAGGAAGCUGUGGAGACCACGAUUGGUGGGAAUGUGUACAACGUAGCGAAAGUCAACCAGUGGACGUCUUCGGUGGUGGAAACGUGUCUCGGAGCGCUGACGAAGCUUCAGAAGCCCUUCAAGUACAUAGUGACGUGCACCAUCAUGCAGAAGAACGGCGCGGGCCUGCACAGCGCCAGCUCGUGCUUCUGGGACAACAGCACGGACGGCAGCUGCACGGUGCGCUGGGAGAACAAGACCAUGUACUGCAUCGUCUCCGUGUACGGGCUCGCCAUAUGAGCCGCGCGCGCGCCUCACGCCUCCGGCUCGCUUCCCCCUGUACCUCACCGACCGGCCGCUUUCCAGUUUUCAAACGCAAUUUUAAAAUUGAAAUAAAUAGCACCUACUGAAGAGCCAUGAUUUCUGCAGUUGGAAUCUUGAGGGUCUGUAAAGGGCGAUCAAAUUCCUGUACAGUCGUGUAGUGAUAGCACUUGUGUAUUGAAUCUUAUUUAUGUGUAUCAGCUUUAUCCCCACCGUAUUGCAUUCUGCCUUUCAUCAUUUAUUAGCUAAUGUCGGUAACUGGACCAUAAAUUUAGCCAUCCAUUGUUUUUUGUCACACGUAAAACCACCGUUGGCUGUUACGACUGUGUGUGUCUGCUAUAAUUUACUAUAACCCCCAGAAAAAUCACCCGUGAGGAAACUGUUGAUCAACUGUGGAUAAACUUAUACAGUAUCACAACCAAGUUUUGUUUUAGUUUUCUGUGAAUAACUAUGCUUCUAUAAGAAUGGUGAUUAUAUCGGAUGUUAGUACUGAAUCACAUAGCUAGAAGUUAUGUUUGAAUUAUUUUAAUAUGUUCGUAAUGUUAUCGUAACUUCUGCACAUACAAUUAUGAGUACCUAUGAAGAUUCUAUAAUGUAAUCAUUUUGAUUAAGGUUUUGUCAAAAUUGGUUUUUUCUUAGCAUGGACCUAUUUAUUUGAAAUACUUUUAUAGAGGAAGUUUCUUUGCAAGUGGAUAUAAGAUGUUUUUACCCCAUACUAAUAAAAUACUUUAAAUAGGCUUACUUUCUCUGCAAACAGAAAAUACUUGCAAGUUUUCAGUAUUACAACCCUAGAUUGCUUUCACUGUAAUUUACAGUAAUUUUUACCACUUGGUCUGUUUAUUAUUAUACUAUAUACUUUUUUACAUGCUUUCAAAAUUUUAUAUUUCAAAAAUAAUAAAAUGUAUUUGCUUGAGUUUCAGUUUUUAAGAGUUAAAAUUACUUGUAAUACUUACUUCUUAACUUGCUAAAAGACUGUUUUCCAAUUCCUAUCGAUUUUGAAUUCAAUUUACAUUGGAGCAUUACUAUUUAGCAUUAUUAUUAUUACUUGAUACUAUCAGAAAUAAUUAUGAAAAUUUUACAAUGACUUGUCAUUCCAGAAUCAGUAAAUGUUAGUUAAUAUUUGGUGCUGUAAAAGUUAAUUAUUUACUUAUUAUGUUAUCUUAAAUAUCAUAUGUAAAGAUUUAUAAUAUAUUAUUAAUUUUUGAAUAAAAUCUCAUGGCUUAAGUAAAAAGAAAAA